GAGAGGAGGAAGAAGGAAGUGCAGUUAGCAAACAGCAGGGCAGAGUACGAGCUACAUCAGCGGCUUUAUUGAAUUUGAGGCACUAUUUGUUCACCUAACGUCCUUUCAAACAUGCCUGAAGUAUUAACACUAAGGAUUCAAGCGGUUAACACCAGUGCCAGCGACGGACUGGAGGGGUUCAAAGCGUAUGCUGUGUUCCAGGAAAUCAGCAAGAAACUGCAGGAGGAAGGGGAGCAAUUUGUGAAAAAGAUCGGUGGGGUGUUUGCCUUCAAAGUGAAGGACGGCCCAAAUGGAAAAGAGGCAACUUGGGUCGUGGAUGUGAAGAAUGGCAAAGGCUGUGUUCACAAUGACACAGAGAAGAAAGCAGAUUGCACCAUUUGCAUGUCAGAUACAGACCUGUUGGCUUUGAUGACAGGAAAGAUGAACCCACAGACUGCAUUCUUCCAGGGCAAGCUGAAGAUCACGGGAAACAUGGGACUGGCCAUGAAGCUUCAAAACCUGCAGUUGCAGCCGGGCAAAGCCAAGCUGUAGAUGAGACUAGCUGUGACCUCUACACCUCUGAAUACUGAAUAGUUUCUGUAUCACAGAUUAAAAAUCCAUGAUGAAUUUAACAGCAAGUCUGGUUUCAGAGCAGUUUUAAAGGUCUGUUAAACCUUCUCUCACUGGACUAAACCAUUUUUCCUGCUACUGAACGGCCGGGGGUGGGGGGGAUUAGUCAGCAACCCUGCCAAGCUAACUGGAGUAAAAGAUAGAUGGGUAGAUCAUUAAUUCUCUAAUAAAGUACCUCUUGUGAUAAUACCCUCAGUACACUAGAGUAGAGACAGGUGCUGCCUACUUUGUGAUACUAAUUCAGUUUAAGUCCACUUUCCUGUAAUUUUCCAAUGCCAGUGAUUUUUCUUUCUUUUUUUUUUUCUUUGAGUGCAUUUGGUCUGGAAAUGUUUUGAUUAGAGCACAUUGAUGUCAUUUUCCACAAUCAUGGACACAACAGUCUAAGUGCCUCCUCGUGUCAGAUUCGCAGUUUACUCAAAGGUUUUUAUCCAGCAACAUAGAAAUGUUUUUCACUGUGGCCACCUGCCAUUUCAAACGACCAGUGUGUGAGAAAUAGUGGCAUCUAGUGGUGAGGUUGCAAAUGAGUACACCCCCUACCCUGCCACAAGCAUGUAGGAGAAUCUACAGUGGCUCUAAAACUCAUAAAAACAUGCGAAAGACCCUCUUGAGAGCCAGUGUUAGGUUUUUCACGUUGGCGGUGCAACAUGGCGGGGGUUUGUGGAAGAGGACCCACUCCCUAUGUAAAUAUUAUUCUAAUGGCGCUUUUCCACUAUACAGUUCUAGUACCACUCGACUCGACUCAUUUUUUUUGUAUUUCCAUUAGGGAUAGUACCUGGUACCUGGUACUUUUUUAGUACCUGCUCUGGCGAGGUUCCAAGCGAGCCGAGCCGAUACUAAAUGUGACGUCAACAGACUGCUGGCCACUGAUUGGUCAGAGAGUCUUCACUGGAAGAGUCAUGAGCCGUCCCACACAAGAAUCAAACCCGGCAUUUUUAAAUACCGGCAACAGCGUUACAGCCAUACGGCUCAAUGUUCUUGCUUUGUGUGUGACAGAAAGCCACAUACAGCAGCAAGUACACCAUCGCCUCCAUGUCCUCCAUUGUUUGUGUUUGUGUCGCGUAUAAAAUGAAGUCACGGCAGUUUCGUGCAGCCGUGCUAUGACGACCCCGCCCAUGUUGAGUAGGUACUAUAGUAAUGGAAAAGGUCAUUCCUGCUACAGUGUCGAGUUGAGUAGUGCUAGAACUGUAUAGUGGAAAAGCGCCAUAAGAUAAUGAAAACACAAUUAUACACUGAUUAAAACACUGAUUAUUCUAUUUCUGCCAAGUCCGUUCCACUAGAUGCCACCAAAUUCUACACACUGUAUCUUUAACAGACAGUGUUGUAAUAAUUUGCUGUGCUGUCAUCAUUGUAUAAAUCUCCAAAAAAUGAUUUCUAAUAAAUAAAUCGUAUUUGCUGCACAGGUC